GGGGAUCAGAUGAACAACACAGGAAGAUUCACCUUAUUAAGUGGGAUACAGUUUGCCAACCUAGACAUCUUGGAGGUCUGGGAUUAAAAAAGUCUCGAAAGGCAAACAUUGUGGCUAUGUGCAAGCUCAAUUGGCGUUUGCACUCUGAGAAAAGCAACACUUGGAGUAAAUUGUUUUGUCGAAAGUAUUCUAUUGUUGACCCUCGUGAUCCUCUUCCUAAUCAUGGAUCCCCUACACUCCAAGCCAUGAAAGAAGGUCGUAGCCUAUUCCAAAGAGGUUUAAGAUGGAUUCCUCGUAAUGGAAAUUCUAUUUUCUUUUGGAAUGAUUGUUGGGUUGGAAACCAACCCCUCUCUAAGGUUUUUUAUGGGCCACACCUCCCUUCAUCAGAUUCCGUUCUUCUUGCUGAUGUUUUGUUGGAUGGCUCAACAAGUGGCAUUGCUUAUCACCUCCCGCAAGAACUCUUGGCUCAAAUGCAGGCUAUUCCUAUUGCUACCAAUACUACACUUGAAGAUAACUUCUCACCUUCCUCUGCUCUUUGUCUACUACGUGAUCUUCCUACCACCAAAGACUGCACCUGGAGUUGGAUUUGGAAGGUUGUUACCCUCCCUAAAAUCCAAUUCUUCAUUUGGUUGCUAUCUCAUUGUCGUCUUAAAUCUUUGGCUUUCCUUCAUCGCCUUAAUAUCUCUCCAUCACCGAAUUGUCCUAGAUGUCAUGAUGCUGAGGAGACCAUUGAUCACAUUUUUAGAGGAUGCCCACUCUCUAUCCACCUGUGGAACCUCCUUCUUCCUGGUGCUAUAGUUCCUGGAGAGUAUUCCACCUUCACUUCAUGGUUAAAAGCUAACUUGGAUGUUAAUACCUCACUCCAGUCCUGGUCCACGUCUAUUACCUUUAGAGCAAUUGACUUUUGGAGCUCCAUCCCUCCCCCUGUUGCUCUGAAGACUAGAACUCAAGGCCUCUUUGCUUGGUCCAAACCCUCUUUUGGUUGUAUUAAGCUUAACACUGAUGGAGCCUCUGAAGGGAAUCCCGGUCCUGCAGGAGCUGGCGGUGUUUUCCGGGACCACUUGGGUAAUUUUAUUAUUGGAUUCUCGCGUAAGGUUGGCUUUGCAACCUCUCUCGCUGCUGAAUUAUGGGCCAUCAGGGAUGGCUUACUUAUUGCCAUUCACAGGGGUUUCAACAACCUUAUAGUGGAAUCUGAUUCUAAAACUGCUAUUUCUAUGAUUACUGCUGGAUCUUAUAACUGUCAUCAUCUCAGCACUCUGAUUUUGGAUUGCAGGGAGCUCCUGCGUCAGUUUGAGAAUAUCCAAAUUGGUCAUGCUGUUAGAGAAUGCAACAUGACAGCUGACUGCUUUGCUAGAAUGGGCACCACUCUAUCUUCUCCAAGUUUUUGUAUUUUCGAAAGCUGCCCUCCGUCAGCGGCUUUCUUUUGUUGUGCUGAUGCUUAUGGGCUACAACAGCCUACUGUGGAGAAGUUUGAUGGUGCAACCUCUGAUCCUGAUGUUCCUCAGUCAUAUUCAAAUAAACUAGUUGUUUAUGUUCUUUUAGUGGGUUUUCAAGGGAAAUUGUCAGUUGUUCCUGGUACAAAUUUACCCUCCAUUCAAGCAGGUGAGGAGAAAUCUAACAGUGAUUCUGGAUUAUCAUGUGAGUCCGAGAAGCACCUUGAUUUUGCGUUGUGUGAAGAUAUCCUGGAAAAUUGUACUCUUGGUAUGGAAUCCAUACAAUACCGGGCAUUGGUAUCCUUUACAGAACCCAAUACCAUGGGUCAACUUUUGAGCAACAACUUUCCUAGAAGGCAGGAGUUUAGAGGGCAGCCACAGAUGCAAGAAGAGUAUCAGGUACUUUUCAAUUGUGUUUGCCAAACUUUGGCCAGAAAAACCUAAUUCAAUGAAUUUCAAUUUUGGUUUCUGGCAUAGUCAGUCAUUAGAAUUCAUUGCUACAAGAUAUUGUUGUCUACCUAGUAUAUAUGGAGAGGUAUAUAGUAUAUCAUACUAAUCUCUUUAACUUCUUUGUUCUGAAAUAUGUUUUGGAGUAUGCAUAUAGAUAGCUGGUGAUAAGGUACCAGGAAAUUUUCAUU